ACAUUUAUUUAUUUUCAGUUAGCGUAUUAUUUUGAAAUUCAAGACCGGAAGUCGUGCAUGCUUCUCUGUGCAUUUUGUCAGCACUGUGCAGAAGGCUCUCCCGGAACUCUGCAGCCGCAUCGGCUCUAAUUUCAAUAUCGGGGUUCGGUCCAACAUGGCGGCUUACGGAUGGAAAUACUGAUGACAGUCCGAAAGAUCGCCUCGAUUUGUACGAUGGGCGCCAAUGCCUCUGCCUUGGAAAAGGAGAUUGGACCGGAACAGUUUCCCGUUAAUGAACACUACUUUGGAUUAGUCAAUUUUGGCAACACCUGCUACUGUAACUCAGUGCUGCAGGCUCUGUAUUUCUGUCGACCGUUCAGGGAGAAGGUGUUGGCGUACAAGGUGCAGCCGCGUCGUAAGGAGUCCCUCCUCACCUGUCUGUCCGACCUGUUCAACAGCAUUGCCACACAGAAGAAGAAAGUGGGAGUCAUCCCACCCAAGAAAUUCAUCUCACGAUUGAGAAAAGAAAAUGAGCUGUUUGACAACUACAUGCAGCAGGACGCCCACGAAUUCCUCAACUACCUCCUCAACACCAUCGCAGACCUGCUGCAGGAGGAGAAGAGCCAGGAGCGACAGCAGAAUGGAAAACUGGUGCAAAAUGGAGGAGGAGGGACAGGAGGAGGAGGAAGUGGAGGAGGAAGUGAGGGAGGAGAAGGGGAAGGAGGAAAGGAGACACAACAGACUUGGGUCCAUGAGAUUUUCCAGGGAACACUGACCAACGAGACUCGCUGCCUCAACUGUGAAGCUGUGAGCAGUAAAGACGAGGACUUCCUGGAUCUGUCUGUGGAUGUGGAGCAGAACACUUCCAUCACUCACUGUCUCAGGGGCUUCAGCAACACAGAGACGUUAUGUAGUGAGUACAAAUACUACUGUGAGCAGUGUCGCAGCAAACAGGAAGCCCAGAAAAGGAUGAGGGUAAAGAAGCUGCCAAUGAUCCUGGCGCUCCACCUGAAGCGCUUUAAAUACAUGGACCAGCUGCACCGCUACACCAAACUGUCCUAUCGUGUCGUCUUCCCCCUGGAGCUCCGCCUCUUCAACACAUCCGGGGACGCCACCAACCCCGACCGCAUGUAUGACCUGGUGGCUGUCGUCGUACACUGUGGCAGUGGGCCAAACCGCGGACACUACAUCACCAUCGUCAAGAGCCACGGCUUCUGGCUGCUGUUUGAUGACGACAUUGUAGAGAAAAUCGACGCGCAGGCGAUCGAGGAGUUCUACGGUCUGACAUCGGACAUUUCCAAGAACUCUGAGUCAGGAUACAUCCUGUUCUACCAGUCCAGAGACUGAACCAGGCAGCGGUAAAUUCCUAACAGACUGUCACUCAACAGAGGGGAAAGCUCUUCGGGCUGCCAUCGACUCCGCCCAGUAGGCUCACAUAAGUGUCCAGGCUUUAUAUCCUGCAGGGGGAGCUUUGCACUGGAGCGCCACUAGGAUCGGUUAAGACGUGCAGGUCGCAUGCCAGCCUCCUGGAUUACAACCGUUCAAAUCUUCUGAGCCCAUACUGCAAAAAGCACUUUAAAACAAACAAACAAGAUGGCUCAAUCUGUAACUUUCGCUUUGCACUGGGGCAACUGGGAAGACCGAGUAACACCAAUCCAAGAGGCUGACAUCGCCAUGUCCACAAUGAUCCAUAUUUGGAGGUAAAAGCCAGGUGGGACUGUUGAGAUGAUGUAGAGUAACCAAAUCAGCUGUUUCAGAUGAGACACAGGAUUGCUAUCCUGCUUGUCACAGUGACCACCAGUAUCAUCACAGCCUUUUUUUGUGUGUGUAAUAUACUGUGCUAAAUUAGCUUUAAGCUAACACACAGGUACCAUGCGUUCACUUCCCAAAAAUCUUUUUCUGCAGACAGAGAAACUAAUAUCUGACAGCCUUGUUAAAAGCCCCUCCUGCCAAAACCACUGACACAGCCUUUAGUAAUUGAAAAUCUUGAACGUGUAUUUGGAGGUCAGCUUGUUGAAGAUGCUAGUUUGCAGUGUUCGUAUCAUUAAGUGGUGCUAACAACACAUAGUGUUACAGAGCGUGAAAUGAAAACCAGCCCCCAAAGAGAUGUGGAAUAAUCUGAUAGAGGCUCAUUAUGUUUUUUACCAAGAAAUUAUCUUGUGUUUAAAAAAAACUAGUAAAAAUUGGAGAGGUAAAAGUAUUCAAAAUGCUGUACAAAAAUACAAUAACGUUAAAAGAGGGGCUUGGUUUCUGUAAAUUGCAGUUAAAGUCAGUUUGAUCACUCUAGACAUUCUUCAGCAAAUAUUGGCAAAAACAAUGAACCUCACAGUUCCCCAACAAUCCUGUUUCAGUUUUUAGAAGCUAGCUCACAAAGUAAUGCGUGAAAGUGGCUGGUAAAAGUUUUACUUUUAAAGUAACUGGUGUGCCGUGCCAUGUUAUGGGUCAUGUUUUGUGCCACAGCGGUUAAAAAGAUAAAAAUAAACUAACUUUUUUUAAAGCGGGCUUUUCGUGGGUUUGACCGCAAGCACAGUCUCUCUGUGUUUUAUCUUUUUAUGACUGUAAAAUGCCAGAAUAUGCACAUUUGUACCAUUUUUAAAGGGACACAUACAAAGACAAA